AAUAUAUUAACACUGAAUCAGCACUUCUAAAGCCCUGCCUUCUCCCACUGGCUUCACUUGGCCUUCAGACAUAAUGAGGAGACUGGCUUUUCGAGGAGCUGGUUGUGCUCUGGUAAAGCUGAAGAAGUUGGAUUCCAUGGGUUCCAAGAGAAGAAGAGCUACCUCCCCUUCCAGUAGUGUCAGCGGAGACUUUGAUGAUGGGCACCAUUCUGUGUCCACGCCAGGCCCAAGCAGGAAAAGGAGGAGACUUUCCAAUCUUCCGACUGUAGACCCUAUUGCCGUGUGCCAUGAACUCUACAACACCAUCCGAGACUAUAAGGAUGAGCAGGGCAGGCUCCUCUGUGAGCUCUUCAUUAGGGCACCAAAGCGAAGAAAUCAACCAGACUAUUAUGAAGUGGUUUCUCAGCCCAUUGACUUGAUGAAAAUCCAACAGAAACUAAAAAUGGAAGAGUAUGAUGAUGUUAAUCUGCUGACUGCUGACUUCCAGUUGCUUUUUAACAAUGCAAAGGCCUAUUAUAAGCCAGAUUCUCCUGAAUAUAAAGCUGCUUGCAAACUCUGGGAUUUGUACCUUCGAACAAGAAAUGAGUUUGUUCAGAAAGGAGAAGCAGAUGAUGAAGAUGAUGAUGAAGAUGGGCAAGACAAUCAAGGCACAGUGACUGAAGGAUCUUCUCCAAGUUACUUGAAGGAGAUCCUGGAGCAGCUUCUUGAAGCCAUAGUUGUAGCCACAAAUCCAUCAGGACGUCUCAUUAGCGAACUUUUUCAGAAACUGCCUUCUAAAGUGCAAUAUCCAGACUAUUAUGCAAUAAUUAAGGAGCCUAUAGACCUCAAGACCAUUGCCCAGAGGAUACAGAAUGGAAGCUACAAGAGUGUUCAUGCAAUGGCCAAAGAUAUAGAUCUCCUAGCAAAAAAUGCCAAAACUUAUAAUGAGCCUGGUUCUCAAGUAUUCAAGGAUGCAAAUUCUAUUAAGAAAAUAUUUUACAUGAAAAAGGCAGAAAUUGAACAUCAUGAAAUGACUAAGUCAAGCCUUCGGAUGAGGACUCCAUCAAAUUUGGCUGCAGCCAGGCUGACAGGUCCUUCGCACAGUAAAGGCAGCCUUGGUGAAGAGAGAAAUCCCACUAACAAGUACUACCGGAAUAAACGAGCAGUCCAAGGGGGUCGUUUAUCAGCAAUUACCAUGGCACUUCAGUAUGGCUCAGAAAGUGAAGAGGAUGCUGCUUUAGCUGCUGCACGUUAUGAAGAAGGAGAGUCGGAAGCAGAGAGCAUUACUUCAUUUAUGGAUGUUUCAAAUCCUUUUUAUCAGCUUUACGACACAGUUAGGAGCUGUCGGAAUAACCAAGGGCAGCUAAUAGCUGAACCUUUUUUCCAUUUGCCUUCAAAGAAAAAAUACCCUGAUUAUUAUCAGCAAAUUAAAAUGCCCAUAUCACUACAACAGAUCAGAACAAAGCUAAAGAAUCAAGAAUAUGAAACUUUAGAUCAUUUGGAGUGUGAUCUGAAUUUAAUGUUUGAAAAUGCCAAACGCUAUAAUGUUCCCAACUCAGCCAUCUACAAGCGAGUUCUAAAACUGCAACAAGUCAUGCAGGCAAAGAAGAAGGAGCUUGCCAGGAGAGAUGACAUUGAGGAUGGAGACAGCAUGAUUUCUUCAGCAACCUCUGAUACUGGUAGUGCCAAAAGAAAAAGGAACACUCUUGACAGUGAGAUGUUGGGUCUCAGGAGGCUAUCCAGUAAAAAGAACAUUCGAAAGCAGCGAAUGAAAAUCUUGUUCAAUGUUGUUCUUGAAGCUCGUGAGCCAGGUUCAGGCAGAAGACUUUGUGAUCUAUUUAUGGUUAAACCAUCCAAAAAGGACUAUCCUGAUUAUUAUAAAAUCAUCUUGGAGCCAAUGGACUUGAAAAUAAUUGAACAUAACAUCCGCAAUGACAAAUAUGCAGGGGAAGAGGGAAUGAUAGAAGACAUGAAGCUGAUGUUCCGGAAUGCCAGGCACUACAACGAGGAGGGCUCCCAGGUGUACAAUGAUGCGCACAUCCUGGAGAAGUUACUCAAGGAUAAAAGGAAAGAGCUGGGCCCACUGCCUGAUGAUGAUGACAUGGCUUCUCCCAAACUCAAACUGAGUAGGAAGAGCGGUAUUUCUCCUAAAAAAUCAAAAUAUAUGACUCCAAUGCAGCAGAAACUAAAUGAAGUCUAUGAAGCUGUAAAGAACUAUACUGAUAAGAGGGGUCGCCGCCUCAGUGCCAUAUUUCUGAGGCUUCCCUCCAGAUCUGAGCUGCCUGACUACUAUUUGACCAUUAAAAAACCCAUGGACAUGGAAAAAAUUCGAAGCCACAUGAUGGCCAACAAAUACCAAGAUAUAGACUCCAUGGUUGAGGACUUCGUCAUGAUGUUUAACAAUGCCUGUACAUACAAUGAGCCCGAGUCUUUGAUCUACAAAGAUGCCCUUGUCCUACACAAAGUCCUGCUUGAAACUCGGAGAGACCUAGAAGGAGAUGAGGACUCUCAUGUCCCAAAUGUAACCUUGCUGAUUCAGGAGCUUAUCCAUAAUCUUUUUGUGUCAGUCAUGAGUCAUCAGGAUGAUGAAGGAAGAUGCUACAGUGAUUCCCUAGCAGAAAUUCCUGCUGUGGAUCCCAGUUUUCCAAACAAACCUCCUCUUACUUUUGACAUAAUUAGGAAGAAUGUUGAAAAUAAUCGCUACCGGCGGCUCGAUUUAUUUCAAGAGCAUAUGUUUGAAGUAUUGGAGAGGGCAAGAAGGAUGAAUCGGACAGAUUCUGAAAUAUAUGAGGAUGCGGUAGAACUUCAGCAGUUUUUUAUUAAAAUUCGUGAUGAACUCUGCAAAAAUGGAGAGAUCCUUCUUUCACCAGCACUCAGCUAUACCACAAAACAUUUACAUAAUGAUGUGGAGAAAGAGAAAAAGGAAAAACUACCGAAAGAAAUAGAGGAAGAUAAACUAAAACGAGAAGAAGAAAAAAGAGAAGCUGAAAAGAGUGAAGAUUCCUCUGGAGCUGCAGGCCUCUCAGGCUUACAUCGCACAUACAGCCAGGACUGCAGCUUUAAGAACAGUAUGUACCAUGUUGGAGAUUAUGUCUAUGUGGAGCCUGCAGAGGCCAAUCUACAACCACAUAUAGUCUGUAUUGAGAGACUGUGGGAAGAUUCUGCUGGUGAAAAAUGGUUGUAUGGCUGUUGGUUUUAUCGGCCAAAUGAAACAUUCCAUUUGGCUACACGAAAAUUUCUAGAAAAAGAAGUUUUUAAGAGUGACUAUUACAAUAAAGUUCCUGUUAGUAAAAUUCUAGGAAAAUGUGUGGUCAUGUUUGUUAAGGAAUACUUUAAAUUAUGCCCAGAAAACUUUCGAGAUGAGGAUGUUUUUGUCUGUGAAUCACGGUAUUCUGCCAAAACCAAAUCUUUUAAGAAAAUUAAACUAUGGACCAUGCCCAUCAGCUCAGUUAGAUUUGUCCCUCGAGAUGUGCCCUUGCCUGUGGUCCGAGUGGCCUCUGUAUUUGCAAAUGCGGAUAAAGGGGAUGAUGAAAAGAACACAGACAACUCAGAGGACAGUCGAACUGAAGACAGUUAUAACUUGGAAAAGGAGAAAGAAGAUGUCCCUGUGGAAAUGUCUAACGGUGAACCAGGUUGCCACUACUUUGAGCAGCUCCGGUAUAAUGACAUGUGGCUGAAGGUUGGCGACUGUGUCUUCAUCAAGUCCCAUGGCCUGGUGCGCCCUCGUGUGGGCAGAAUUGAAAAGGUAUGGGUCCGAGAUGGAGCUGCAUAUUUUUACGGCCCCAUCUUUAUUCACCCAGAAGAGACGGAACACGAGCCCACAAAAAUGUUCUACAAGAAAGAAGUGUUUCUGAGUAAUCUGGAAGAAACCUGCCCCAUGACAUGUAUUCUAGGAAAGUGUGCUGUAUUGUCAUUCAAGGACUUCCUCUCCUGCAGGCCAACUGAAAUUCCAGAAAAUGACAUUCUGCUUUGUGAGAGCCGCUACAAUGAAAGUGACAAGCAGAUGAAGAAAUUCAAGGGACUGAAGAGGUUUUCACUCUCUGCUAAAGUGGUAGAUGAUGAAAUUUAUUACUUCAGAAAACCGACUGUUCCUCAGAAGGAGCCCUCACCUUUAUUGGAAAAGAAGAUCCAGUUGCUAGAAGCUAAAUUUGCUGAGUUAGAAGGUGGAGAUGAUGAUAUUGAAGAGAUGGGAGAAGAGGAUAGUGAGGUCAUUGAGCCUCCUUCUCUACCUCAACUUCAGACUCCCCUGGCCAGUGAGCUGGAUCUCAUGCCCUACACACCCCCACAGUCUACCCCAAAGUCUGCCAAAGGCAGUGCAAAGAAGGAAGGCUCCAAACGGAAAAUCAACAUGAGUGGCUACAUCCUGUUCAGCAGUGAGAUGAGAGCUGUGAUUAAGGCCCAGCACCCAGACUACUCUUUUGGUGAGCUCAGCCGACUGGUGGGGACAGAAUGGAGAAACCUUGAGACAGCCAAGAAAGCAGAAUAUGAAGAGCGGGCAGCUAAAGUUGCUGAGCAGCAGGAGAGAGAGCGAGCAGCACAGCAACAGCAGCCGAGUGCUUCUCCCCGAGCAGGCACCCCUGUGGGGGCUCUCAUGGGGGUGGUGCCACCACCAACACCAAUGGGGAUGCUCAAUCAGCAGUUGACACCUGUUGCAGGCAUGAUGGGUGGCUAUCCGCCAGGCCUUCCACCUUUGCAGGGCCCAGUUGAUGGCCUUGUUAGCAUGGGCAGCAUGCAGCCACUUCACCCCGGGGGGCCUCCACCCCACCAUCUUCCGCCAGGUGUGCCCGGCCUCCCGGGCAUACCACCACCGGGUGUGAUGAACCAAGGAGUGGCCCCUAUGGUAGGGGCUCCAGCACCAGGUGGAAGUCCAUAUGGACAGCAGGUAGGUGUUUUGGGGCCUCCAGGGCAGCAGGCACCACCUCCAUAUCCUGGCCCACAUCCACCCGGCCCCCCUGUCAUACAGCAGCCAACAACACCCAUGUUUGUGGCUCCCCCACCGAAGACUCAACGGCUUCUCCACUCAGAGGCCUACCUAAAAUAUAUUGAAGGACUCAGUGCUGAGUCCAACAGCAUUAGCAAGUGGGACCAGACCCUAGCAGCCCGAAGACGCGAUGUCCAUUUGUCAAAAGAACAGGAGAGCCGACUCCCCUCUCACUGGCUGAAAAGUAAAGGGGCCCACACCACCAUGGCAGACGCCCUCUGGCGCCUUCGGGAUCUGAUGCUCCGAGACACCCUCAAUAUUCGCCAAGCAUACAAUCUAGAAAACCUUUAAUCACAUCAAUUACGAUUCUUUUAUAGAAGCAUAAAGAGUUUUGUGGAACAGUAGCCAUUUUAGUUACUGGGGGUGGGGGGAGGAACAAAGGAUGAUCAUUUUUAUUGCAUUUUAUUGUACAUCACAAGGCCAUUUUUAUAUAAGGACACUUUUAAUAAGCUAUUUCAAUUUGUUUUUGUUAUAUUAAGUUGACUUUAUCAAAUACACAAAGAUUUUUUUUUUGCAUAUGUUUCCUUCGUUUAAAACCAGUUUCAUAAUUGGUUGUAUUUAGACUUGGAGUUUUAUCUUUUUACUUGUUGCCAUAGAGCUGAAACCAUCAAAGGUUUUUUGUCGUGGCUUGGGGUUUCUGUUUCUUGUUUUUUUUGGUUGGUUUUUUGUUUUUGUUUUUUUUAAAUAACAAACAAAAUGAAAAAAAACACACACAAGAGUUUACAGAUUAGUUUAAGUUGUCAAUGAAAUGUGAAGUUGGCCCUAGUUUACAUCUUAGAGAGGGGAGUGUACUUGUGUCUGUUUCACGUGCCUAAAUAUCUUAAGCCACUUUUGCAAGAACUGUUUCUUCCAGGUAGAGUGAAAGGUUGUUAGUUGGAUUGUAGAUGUUUGGCAGACAUGGCACAUUUGCUCUAGUAACUCAGAAAUCUGAAGUCAGCACUGUGCACUCUUCUGCAGCUAAUGCAGCUCCCGGACGCCUGGAGGGAGAAAGCACUUUUUCUUGUGCUGAGUUAGACAUCUAUGGUGUCAGUUAUUUUUGCAGAACAUGUGCACAACCCUGAAUUAUAUUUAGUCUUGACAGGUAAGUUUAAGGGUACUUUUGAUCUUUUUGUAAUGAAUUCACAAUUUAUGCCUAUACAUGUUAGGUGAUUUAAAACUUUAAAUCUCUACAUUGCAAAUUAUUGAAGUUCAUCUUGAAGAAAGUAUUGAGGUGUGCUGGAGGUGAUUUAUUUUUAAACAUAACACCUAACCUAACUUAGGGAAGGGAGUGCAUUAACCAGAUAUGGGCUGUGUCAGAAGCAUAAUUGUAAAAGGCUGGAUUGCCUGCAUAUGCAAGUAUGUUUUAGUAUUCUUUAUUUCCUCAUCAGAUCUGGCUUUUUUUUUUUCUUUUUCUCCUAAGUUCCAGGGUUGUAAUUCUCAACCAGAAAUUUAAGACUUUAUAAAAUAAUUUUAAAAUUCAGCUUGUGCUUUUGAAUUUCAGGAGAAGGAAAUCAUAAUUUAAGAAAAUGCUCACUAAAAAGACCAUUACAGAUCCCAAACACUUAGGUUUGAUGACCCUGUCUCUCUUAUAUGACUUUGGAAAAAAACAUUUGGAGGCAGUAUAUAAUGCUCAGACAAGUGGAAAGCAUCAAACAUGGUUCAGUAUUUCACUCAGUGUUUUUGAAACCUGCUUUAUUGUAACAAGGUGGUUGCCAUUGUGGUGGAGCUUCCACUGCUGUUUGUAAAUUGAGAGUGACUCUCAGAGGAUACUUUUUUCUUUUAAUCUGGUAUGAGUCAAUACCUGGAUAUUUAAUUACCAUUCUUACUAAAUCAUGGGGACAGAAGAAGAGUUUAGAAUGGAAAAAAGUCUCUUGUAUCUAGAUACUUUAAUUACAGGAGGUCCUUAUAACUUAAUUGCCUAUAAGUCAACCACUGGAUCUCAAUUUGCAUCAAGUAUUUUAAACAGUUCUGAAUUUUAAAAAAUGUUUUGCAGUACUAUGUCAGUACCUUAUUGUUAAACUGAAUCAGAUAAAGAAAUCUUCAGUUCUUGGUUAUUUGGGCCAUUGAAUCAUCAUGGACUGUAUAAUACAAUCAGAUUAUUUUAUUUCUAGACAUCCUUGAAUUACACCAAAGAACCUGAAAUUUAAUUUUGGUUAAGUUAUUUAUUUAUUUCAUGCACCCGUCUUAUUUCCCUUUUUAAGGUCUGGAAGAGACUUCUUUGGGAAGACUCUAAAAACUCUUCACUGUGGUCUAUGUGGGGCAUUAGAAGCCAGAGCACUCCUCCUCCAGGCUCCUUCUCAGUGUCUGGAGGUGCUGUAGGAACCAUAGAUCCAGCCAGGGGCUUCCCUAAGGCAGUGCAGAGCCGGGCCAGGGGGCCAUUAGGCAGGCCCUAAUUACCUUUAAAAAAAAAAAGCUCUAUGUAUUUAUUUUAGAAUCAUGUCUUUCUGUAUAUUAACUUGGAGAAUGUCAAUUAAUAUUUUAGGAUAUAAGAUUUGAGGUCAGCCAUCUUCCAAAAAAGAAAAGAAAAAGAAAAAAAAAAAAAAGCCCUGACUUUAAAAGGUACAUGUGAACUAUACAUCUUUUUUUUCCAUGAGUUUUAGGAACUGUAGUGAUAUGGCUUAGAAAGUAUAAUGGCCUAAAUGUUUUCAAAAUGUAAGUUCAUGUGGAAAAGAAUUUUGUUUAUGUGCGGAAAAAGACCUAUAGGUUUAAAAUAGUAUGUCAGCCAACUGAUUUAAAAGGCCUUGAAUUACUUUGUUUUUGAACCCACCCUUUUCUUCCUAUGAGGAAGAAUUAAGAGGGGACUCUUCUUUGUGUAAAAUCUCCAAAUUGGUGGUGUUGAUUUUUGAACUUAAACAUUUUCAGACUUGAUUAAAACUUGGUUUAUUCUAAUUUCUGUAUCAAAAGAGGUUUAAGUGAUAACUAGUCUUAUAAUAUGUAUGUAUCAUAUCUUUGUUCAUCUAAAGCUUUUUAAUCCAAAUAAAAAUGGAGUUUGCAAAGUGA